AUGGAAGCUCUCAGCAAGAUGAUUGAGGGCUUGGUGGAUGGUGGGUUGCUCCAUGGUUUCUCAGUGGGGAAUGACAAUCUCCAUAUUUCUCACUUGUUAUUUGCAGAUGACACGCUCAUCUUUUAUGGUGCACACCUUGGACAAGUCCAAGACUUGAGGGCGCUUCUCCUUUGCUUUGCUGUUGUGUCAGGUCUGAGCAUUAACCUUGCAAAGUUAGAAAUAGUGCCAGUGGGGGCUGCCCCCUAUGUGGAGAUUCUAGCUACUACCCUGGGUUGUAAGAUAUAUUCGCUCCAUUUGAAGUAUCUUGGCUUACCUUUGGGUGCAUCUUUUAAAUCUGAAAGGAUUUGGAACGAUGUAGUCGUAAGGGUGGAGUGCAGAUUGGCUGCUUGGAAGAGGCUAUACUUGUCGAAAGGUGCUCAUGAUUGGGAGUUGGAGUCUUUUACGGAGUUCUUUGCGGCAUUAUAUUCUGGAAGUAUUCCAGGGAGUUUUGGAGACAAGAUACUUUGGAAGCAUUUUAAGAAAGGUACUUUCUCUGUCAGUUCUUUUUACCAUAAGCUCAUGAACUCCGGAUUGUCUAUGUUCUCGUGGAAGAGCAUAUGGAAGAAGAAAGCUUUUUCAAAAGCAGCUUUUUUUGUCUGGACAGCUUCUUUAGACAAGAUUCUCACUAUAGAUAAUUUGAGGAAACGUUGGGUUAUUGUCCUAGAUUGGUGUUGCUGGUGGACUUUCUUGCAAGUUGGAGAGGUCUUUUUGGAGAUUCUUAGGUUGCGGCAAUUUGCAGAUUGGUACCAAUAUGCUUGUGUUGGUGUAUUUGGAGGUCAUAGUGCUGGUCUAUUUAAUCUGGGAAACACCUGUUACAUGAACUCCACAGUACAAUGUCUGCAUUCUGUUCCAGAGUUGAAGUCAGCUUUGGUCAAGUACUCACACUCUGGAAGAAGCAAUGAUGUGGAUCAGUCUUCUCAUAUGCUGACUAUAGCGACACGUGAUUUAUUUAAUGAGCUUGAUAAAAGUGUCAAACCUGUGGCACCGAUGCAAUUUUGGAUGGUGUUGCGUAAAAAGUAUCCUCAAUUUGGCCAGCUGCAUAAUGGUGUCUUCAUGCAACAGGAUGCUGAAGAAUGUUGGACCCAGCUUUUAUAUACACUUUCUCAGUCUCUUAAAUCAACUGGUUCUAGUGAAAUUCCUGACACUAUGAAGGCCCUCUUUGGCAUCGAACUUGUUAGCAGGGUGCAUUGUCAAGAAAGUGGUGAAGAAAGUUCAGAGACAGAAUCAGUUUAUUCUCUUAAAUGCCACAUAUCGCAAGAGGUGAACCAUUUGCAUGAAGGACUAAAGCAUGGUUUAAAAUCAGAAUUGGAAAAGGCUUCUCCUUCCUUGGGGCGUAGUGCAAUUUACUUGAAAGAGUCUCGUAUCAAUGGCCUACCAAGGUACUUGACUGUUCAGUUUGUGCGUUUUUUCUGGAAGAGGGAAUCAAAUCAGAAGGCCAAAAUUUUGCGGAAAGUGGAUUAUCCAUUGGAGUUGGAUGUUUAUGAUUUGUGUUCAGAUGAUCUCCGCAAAAGAUUGGAAACUCCUCGCCAGGUGCUAAGGGACGAAGAAGGCAAAAAACUUGGUCUGAAAGCUAGCAAGGAUGGUGUGGAUGGUGCUGGUUCGAAAGAUGAUGUGAAGAUGUCUAAUGUAGAGGGAUCAUCAAAUGUAAGCGGUGAACCAUCCAAUGCUACAUCCCAAGAAGGUGGUCCAUCAGACAGGGAAACACAUAUGACUGGUGUUUAUGAUUUGGUCGCUGUGUUGACCCACAAGGGUAGGAGUGCUGACUCGGGGCAUUAUGUUGCUUGGGUCAAGCAAGAAAGCGGGAAAUGGAUCGAGUAUGAUGAUGACAACCCAAUUGCACAGCGGGAGGAAGACAUCACUAAACUGUCUGGAGGAGGUGAUUGGCACAUGGCUUAUAUAUGCAUGUACAAGGCCCGAGUCGUCCCCAUGUGAUUUUUGUUGUCUCUUAGACCUGUUGAAUAGGAAUUAAAGAAUUCUGCAUUGUUACCACUGAGGUUUAAAAAGAAGUGUGCUACACAGCCUUCAAUUGGAUGGCGUAUUUUAAAUUCUUUAUAAUUCAAUUUCGGUGAAAGAAAAAAAAGCU